AUGCUUUCAGCCGCGUCACGAUCGCUCGCGGUGCUAUUGGCGUUAGCACAGCUCACAUCAAGUGUCUCUGCACAAAUAACACCACAACAAGUCUAUCAACCACCGCCGGCCUCGAGCGGAGCAGUGUCGCAGUCCUCCAAUCUCACCGAUGGCGUCAAUCCUCAGUACAGUGACCUUCUCGGCAACGCACUGUGGUUCUAUGAGGCGCAACGGAGCCGCGCUCUCCCCGCCAACAACCGCGUCUCGUGGAGGAACAGCAGUUGCGAAAACGAUGGGUCGCUCAACAACACCGAUCUCUCCGGCGGCUACUACGAUGCCGGAGACUACAUCAAGGCAACAUAUCCCUUUUGCUGGACAAUGUCUUCCAUAGCAUGGUCUGCCCUCAGCUAUGGCUCGGCAUACGCACGGAGCUCCCAGGACGCCUACCUCGAUUCCACACUCCGAUGGGGCCUCGACUGGCUCUCAAAGGCUCACUCGGAUCAAAACACCCUGUGGGUACUCGUCGGCAACCCUACCAUCGACGACCAGUACUGGGGAGGCGAUCUCGACAUCCCGGGUCCGCGACCAUCCUACAGCGUCACUCGACAGAACCCAGGAACCGACGUGUUUGCCAGCUGUGCUGCUGCCUUUGCCGCUUCUGCCUUCCUGUACGGCGAUCGAUCGCUUCCCACCAGCACCAAUGGCGCCCGGCUCGGAGGUGUGCCCAGCAUCCGCAAUCGCACCUAUUCUGAAGCCUUGCUGCGCCACGCCGAUGGUCUCUGGGACCUCGCCAUCAAUAGCACGCCUCAGCAAGUGUACCAAGUGGUACAGCCCCUCGCAGGUCAGAGUUAUCCGUCGAGCGACUACCAGGAUGAUCUCGCAUUCGCAGGCUUGUGGAUGGCUCUGGCCAAAGGGGAUGCUAGCUACGCCACCCAGGCACUCACCUUCUACCCGAACGGCAGCAACGCAUUCGCCAGCGUCAACGCCGCGCUUAACUGGGACCGAAAAGUAGCAGCGCUUCCCGUCCUUGCUACGCAGAUGGCGCAGCAAAACACCUCGCUUGGUCUCAAUAUGUCGCGCUUCCAGAACGACGCCGAGUCGUACUUUGACCGCCUCACCGAGGGCAAGAUGCAGGAUGUCAGUCAGACCAAAGGCGGCCUCUACUGGUGGAAGGGCGACAGCGACUCGAACAGUCUCAACCCGGCCCUCAACGCCGCUUUCAUUGCUGAUCUCUACUCGAACUUUGCCACCACCUCGGCCAAGACGAGUGCGUACCGAUCACUUGCCGAUUCUCAGGUCGACUACCUGCUCGGCGACAACAACUACAACGGUCCUUACAUUGUUGGACAGCAUCCUAACAGCCCACAAAACCCACACUCGGCUAUGGCCUCGGGCGGCAGCGACAUUACCAAUAUCAACAACAGCCCUCCCAAGGAGCUCCACGUGCUGUACGGGGCCGUGGUGGGAGGCCCCGACAAGCAGGACCGCUUCUUUGACAUCCGAGACGAUUGGCCCGAGACUGAGAUCGCGCUCGACUACAAUGCGCCUUUCAUCGCUGCUGUCGUCUCUCGCAUUGCGAGGAAUGUCACCAAGGAUCCUGCUUUUACGACGUCCAGUGGAGCUGCCAAUGUGGCAUCCGGGCUGCCCACCGACGCGGCGUACCCGCAUCGCGGCAGCGGCGGGCUCAGCUCGGGUGCAAAGAUCGCCAUCGCUGUUGUGGUUGUGGUGGUCGUGCUUGGCGCUGUUGGCGGUGUAUCGUGGUGGCAGCGCGACCGCAUCAGGUGGUUCUACCGUCAGAAGAAGAUGGGCUUGUAG